GGCAGUACGCAAGUUAAUCGAACUAUUUUGCUUCAAAGUCUCGCACCGCAUUUUCCUUUCGAUGAUACCAUAGAACGAGCUGGGAACCUCGUAUUAUUGAAUGCCGCAGUCCAGUUGCGAUCAACGAAAACCUCGCUGAAAGAAAAUUUACCAUCGAAAUCGAUUUGCGACAGAGAGCUGAAUAGAAGUUCGACUACGAAGGCAUUGAUUGAAGCACGUUACGAGUUGCAGUGCGAGAGGUUCAGAUUAUCGCGAGUUUGAGUUCGCCCGAGUUCUACACAGUCAAACUUGGAGAGCCGCAAAGCUUUAACUGCAACCGUUUGUCACUUCUUGCAGAAAAUCCAAGGCAAACCUACACCAGAGACUGACGGGAAGCCGAACGUAGAUGCGAGGGCCCCCUUGGUCGACUUAUUCCCAGAAAACCUCAAAUAUCGUUCCACAUAUUACUUUAUCAAUUUCCAAUACUCUUGCAAUGGUACCUGCACCAAUGGCGCCUGCUCCAGAAUCCACCCAGGUCAUCCCUACGGGUCCUCACCCGUCAUUCAUUCAAGUCGCCAAACCUUAUAUGUUCCAGCAACAUGUCAAUACCAAACUCAUGAUCAUCGGCGCAAAUCCUACACGCGAGGAUCAGUUUAGGCUACAGGGGGUGACUUGGAUUAAUGACGUUAGGGUUGCUUUACAGCUACCAGUGCGAACUUUCUGUACCGCUGCCACCUACUUUCAUCGCUUUCGGCUUGCUCACAAAGAUACUGAAUAUCAAUACCAAGAUGCAGCGGCUGCUGCACUUCUAACAGCUUGCAAGAUUGAAGAUACCCUUAAAAAGUCCAAGGAUAUUAUUUGCGCAGCUCACAACUUAAAACAUUCAGCUGCAGAGCAUUUAAGCUCCGACGAUACUAUCUUUGAGGCUCCUUCUAAAGUUGUCAUUGGCCUUGAACGUCUUAUGCUUGAAGCAUCUAGCUUCGACUUCCGUGUUCGUUACCCGCAAAAACACCUCAUUAAACUUGUCAAGAACGGUGGAAUUCAACGUGACGUUGCAGAAGUUGCGUAUCAAGUCAUGAUAGAUCUCUAUCGAACAUUCGCCCCCCUCAAGCAAACUUGUUCUACCAUGUCUUUUGCUUGUGUAGAACUGGCGACAUUAAUUUGUGAGAAGCAAAAGGGUUGGAGAGGCCCAAGCUAUAAAAAGUGGUGGACUAGUCGUUCGGAAAUUGUGGAAACAAUGUUGGAUCUAUUAGAUCUUUACACGCAUUACCAGAAGCAGUCUAUCGUUGGUCCUUUACACAAUAUCGAGAAAUUCAUAGGUAUCCGAAUUAAGAUCAAUCAAGAGCUGGAGGAGAAGAGAUUACCAAGACACACGGAACACCACGAAGCACCACGAAAUAAUGGGGUGCGACACCCUCCCAAUACUCCUGUUACACCAGCCAGCCCAGCAGACUUACGAUUUAAUGGCCAUGUUGCAUCACCAGCAAACCAGAGCCCCAAAUCGGUAAGUUCAGGUUCGAAACCACCCACGGGUAUUCGUGGUCAGAGUGGUACGGUACGUUAUAUGUUGGAUGUGGUUACAGCCAAGAAUGAGAGAGACAUAGUCGACACAUACUUUCAAGAUGAAUAUGAGGGAUAUGAAGUGGAAGUAGAAGAGGCGGUACCUGUUGAACCAAUACCCACCCACCAUACUCCGAGAGAACCACAUCAUGGACGACAUCAUGGGCAUGGACACGGACACGGACACGGGCAUGGGCAUGGGCAUGGGCAUGGACAUGGACGAGAUUAUCGACACUUUAACAAACGAAUGCGAAGAUGAUGAAAAUCCCAAAAUCAACUCAUUAUCAGAGAAUCUAGUACGGCGUUUGGUUACGGGGGGGGAGGGGUAUCUUCAAAAGAUCAAUGCAUAAUAGGAGUCUUAAGGAUGCUUCAUGGGAGGUUUUGGGAGUUAUCGGGAGCGAAAAGGAAGAUACCAACUUAUUAUAUAUAGUAGGUAGAUGUAUAUUUAAAAGAGCAAUAAGGAACCAACGACUGUAGAAUUCUAUCAUAACUUCAUUGAAUGACUAAUGAUGGAUCUGGGUUUUUCAUACAGUUAAAGUUCCAGUUAUAGUUACGAUUGUAGCGAUUGUUAUGAUGACUAUUGAAGACAAAUAAAUGAAUAAAUUAA